UUACCGUCUCGCUAGCAACCGAUCGUGGUUGCCAUGAGACGAGUAACGUUCACAGUAUCGUGAAAAGCCAUCCAGUGGAGAACGUAAAUUUUCCGCACGCUUCCAAAGUUUUAAGUUUUUCAAUGAGUGAUUAGUGAAUUCGUUGUUUUCGGCCAGAAAUUUACCCCCCAAAGUUUCUCUUUGCAAAGUGGUUAAGUGCGGUUUCGUCCGUAGAAAAGUAAAUCGCAUGUGAGUGAAGUUGUCAAGUGUCAAGUGAGUUUGUGAAGAAAAUAUUUUUAAUAGAAAGCUUUAUCUACGACUUUCAACGGAAACGCUAGUGGUAAAAAGAAAAUGGCGUCGUCAAGUUCUCCAAACUUGAAUCCGCCGUCACAGCAAACUCGUCAGCGGAGCCCUUUCACUAAAGUUCGUCAGGAAUCGAAGCUGAACGUAGCAGCUCCACCGUUCGUGUACUCUGCCCAGGGCUCAAACUCAACCGGUGCCCUGCGUAGCGGUGAAAGUAUGCCGGAAAUCGGUUAUUUUGGUCCUACGCAACUUCCAGUUAACAAACGCAUCUGGAGUAGUAUCUCAACUUAUCCCCUGGAACAGAAGGCUGCAGUUCGAAGCACCACACCGAGUCAGUUGUUCCAGUAUUACCAAAAUCAACAACAGCAGCAGCAGCAGCAACAGCAACAACAACAACAGCAACGCUCGUAUCCUCCGCUGCCUCAAAGUGCCUACGAACCGGUUCCGCAGUUCGGACCACUGGUCCUUCCCAACGGAAUCAUUCAGCUGCGCCUGCGGGAUGCCGUUGUAAUCGAAAUGACCAUCGAUCGUUCCAUCAAGCUGAUGAAUAAUCAGGAACGGGUCACGAUUGCACUGUCCAGCACGGGAACGUCGUCUGCGCUGAACCACCCGAACGGAAUCGUGUUUCAGAAUGGAUCACGCGUCGACAUUGCGGCCUACGACGGGCGGCGCAAGAACUCCUACAUUCGUUACGCCAAAAUGUGGCAGAAAGGCAUCAGCCUGACCAGCGAAGGAUGCGCCCUUAUCUAUCUGGUCGAUGCAGCAGGGACUCGCACCACCUCGGACAUGAUCAACAUCGAUUUGAAUGCGGACUACAUCAACCCGGUCUUUUACAAUGGAACACGUUUCGGAGCACAGUUCUAUCAGGAGGCUAAUCAGAUUGCACAAAGCGCCAACUUUUGGCUGAAUGAUGACGGGACGGAAAUCUUUCAUGUGAACGGAUUUCGCAUCCAGCAGACCGUGGAUGGUCUGGUGAAAGUCGCUCGGAUGAACAACCGGUGCAACAUCCGAACGAGUCCGACCAACGGGUCGGCCACCAUCACCACGCCGUACAUUCACUGCACCGCUUCGAUGGGCCAAACUUCGCAUCUCUUCGUACGCCGCGAGGAACGUCGCAUGCACUUUGACGGGACCUCGUUUGUCGUUCGCAACGCUGGCCAUUCAGCCGGAUUCGAUGAUUGGAAUCGCCUGCGGGUCUACUAACUGCAGGAUAUUAGAAAGUUACUCUCACGAUUCAACAGUCGAUUCCAAGGAAAAAGUCCUACCUCGGGGCUUGUAUAUUUAAAUUGUAAUGAAGAUGGCCCACGUUCGAUUCGUUGCGCUCCGUCUAUCUAUGUUGGUGUGUUUAUUUAAUUUUGCUCGGAAUGUGCACAAUUCAUCUUGCUUUCGUCGGAAAUAGUUGCAGCUCUUUCUUUCGGGACGAGACGGCCGGUUUCUGCUUCCCGGAUGUGGAGCUUCUUUUAUAUGCAUUUUGCUUGUAGCGGAAGUAAUGUAAAUUGUAUUAAAUUAUAUCUAAAUUUGCAUACGUCGUAAAUAGAGAAAAUAACACGACACCGUACAAAGAGUUUCCAUAAGACAAUGGUUCAUGCAUGCAUGCAUGAAUGAUGUCAAGCGCAAAACAUUUCCUUAUUUUCCUGGCUGGAUAACCAUCAGUGAUGCCUGAUGAGAGUGAAGCGGUUUCUUGCGCAGAGGAUGGAGGGGGGCUUCAACCUGAAAAAAAUAAUCUGUCUCCAAUAUAAACGAGGUGAGAGCAAAUUAUGAAGACGGAGGCAUCAUCAAAAUAUGCAAUGAAGUGAUACAAAAAAAAUCUGUUUCUGAGAAACAUGAACUUUCAACAAACAAAUAAUUGACAUCGUUGAAUGAAGACGAACUUCAGGCUUCUAAACUUUACUCUAACUAAUUCCCGUAAUGUGUCGAAAAAGCUGUUCCUAACUGCUGUCGAAACGACUUUGCGACUCGAGUUGAGUUCUCCAAUUUGUAACGCUUCCAAAGCUUCGGAAGCAUAUCCAGAGAAAAGUGAUUUUAUUCGAAGCGGAAAUUACAUUUCCGCCACCCUCCCGCUACCGAAUGCGUUCGAACGAUCGAAUCGAUAAGCAUCAAUGCGAAUAUAAGGACAUGAAAUAAUAAAUAAAUAAAAUGUAAAAGGAAGACAUUUCUCCAGAACAAGCCCCGGGAGCAGGACACGACAAACGAUGUAUCUCAACGACGACGACGACGACGACGACGACGCCGAUGAACGUAUGGAGUGGGAAACCGCUUGUAUUUAGGCAUAUAUAGAGGCGUCAAGCACUCAGAGUCGACGUUUUAAGUAGAUCAAAUUUUGCGUUCUUCUGUAGGCUGAUUCCCGGCAACUCCCCAUUGCUCAGCAGUGGGGCCAGAUCAACGAGAAUCUAUCACAAUUCGAGAGUUUUCAUAGGAAAUCGUUGAACUUUAUUGCAGAUUUGGUUGUGGGCUUUUGAGUCAAUAGUGGUUAAAGGACGUAUUUUUUUUCUUAACCUUCCAACGCUUGAAGCUGUUGGUUUGCGUCUUUUUAUAAGAGAAACAGGCCUUUCUCAUGUGACUCAUAUUCUCAUAUAUAAUUCCCUGGUAUUCCUCAACAUACUUCUUUCGGCUCUGGAAAAAAAUUGUUUCAGCAUUUCAAUUGAAUUGAAACAGUUCUCAGAUCGAAUAAGUGAUCUCUAAGAAAACGAAGUGAAUUCCACUAUUUCA